UUCAAUAAAAACUCACUGGUGAACUCAUCUAGAUAAAAUGGCUACAACUAUAUCAACAAAUGUGGAAUCCAAAGACUUGAAUGGCGUUUCUUUAAUCGCUGCUCAUUCUCAUAUCACGGGAUUGGGCUUGGACGAAAACUUGAAACCAAAAGAGUCUGGUCAGGGUAUGGUUGGACAAUUGAAAGCAAGAAAAGCUGCUGGAGUCAUUUUAAAAAUGAUUCAAGCUGGAAAAAUCGCUGGUAGAGCCGUUUUGAUUGCUGGUCCUCCAUCAACUGGUAAAACUGCUAUCGCCACCGGAUUGGCCCAAAAUUUAGGUAGUGAGGUUCCCUUCACUGCCAUUGCUGGAUCCGAGAUAUUUUCAUUAGAUUUGUCCAAAACUGAGUCUUUAACCCAGGCCUUCCGUAAGUCAAUUGGUAUUAGAAUUAAAGAAGAAACUGAAAUCAUUGAAGGUGAAGUUGUGGAGAUCCAAAUUGACAGGUCCAUUACUGGUGGUCACAAGCAAGGUAAAUUAACUAUUAAAACCACAGAUAUGGAGACCAUUUAUGAAUUGGGUAAUAAAAUGAUUGAAAGUUUAACCAAGGAAAAGAUUUUGGCCGGGGACAUUGUAAGCAUUGAUAAGUCUUCAGGAAAAAUCACCAAAUUGGGUAAAUCAUUCACUAGGGCUAGAGACUAUGAUGCCAUGGGACCUGACACUAAGUUUGUUCAAUGCCCCGAAGGUGAAUUACAAAAGAGAAAGGAAGUGGUACAUACAGUCUCUUUACACGAAAUUGAUGUGAUCAACUCAAGACAACAAGGAUUUUUAGCCUUAUUUUCUGGAGACACCGGGGAAAUCAGGUCUGAAGUUAGAGAUCAAAUCAACACCAAGGUUGCUGAAUGGAAAGAAGAAGGCAAGGCUGACAUCAUUCCAGGUGUUUUGUUCAUCGAUGAAGUACAUAUGUUGGACAUUGAAUGUUUCUCAUUCAUAAAUAGGGCGUUGGAAGAUGACUUUGCUCCAAUUGUGAUAAUGGCCACCAACAGAGGAAUGUCAACUACGAGGGGUACCAACUAUAAAUCCCCACAUGGUUUACCAUUUGACUUGUUGGACAGAUCGAUUAUUAUUCACACUACUGGUUAUAAUGCCGAAGAAAUCAAGACUAUUUUGUCGAUUAGGGCCCAAGAAGAAGAAAUCGAAUUAACCGGUGAUGCUUUGGCUUUAUUGACCAAGAUUGGCCAAGAAACCAGUUUGAGAUAUGCUUCCAAUUUACUUUCUGUGUCUCAGCAAAUCGCUUUGAAGAGAAGAAGUAACACCGUCGAAUUGGGUGACAUCAAGAGAGGCUAUAUGUUAUUCUUAGAUUCUGACAGGUCCGUACAAUACUUGGAGGAGAACAAAACCCAGUACAUUGAUAAUGAAGGUAAAGUGGUUAUUGGAACUAAUGGAUCCUUCAAAAAGACUGGUGCUGCUGAUAGCAUGGAAACUGACUAAAACCUGAACUGAAUAAGAAUUAGAAUUACUUUGUAGGAUUAAAAGAUGAACUCAAAACGCUACCUGAUAUUGUAGUCAAGUCUUUAGUUUACAUAGUUGAACUAAUCAUAAUAAUGCAAAUAUUGAUUUUUGUACUAUAUAUACCUCCAUACUCAUGCCGAUGCCAGGGUGUCGUAUUCUUUUGAGUUGGUUGACUGACUGACAUUAUCCAAAUUCUCCUUUGUGUCUUCUUGAGAUACAGACACAUCUUUUUGAAGGUUGUCAGGAUUAUACAAGAACCUCAACAAUUCCUUUUCAUCAGUCCAUGCUCUGCACUUCUUGCCGUAAAUGUACAAAGGAAUUCCAAAAACAGAAACCACUAUUUGAAUAAUAGCAUAGGUAGCAAAGGUAAUUCUGGCUCCCCUAGCUUGCAUGAAAGAAUUGUUGAAUAAUGAAAAAGCAAACCCUAUGAAGUUCUUAGCGAAAUUCAAACUCACUAAUCCCUCAGAAGCAAACAUUUUAUACGAAUCAACCGUAAAUGUAAUUGCAGUGGUACUAGCCAUUGAACUUCCAAAAGAAAGACACCCAAAAAAUAUCACUGGAGCAACCCAUGGAUCAUGGACUUGUAUAGACCAACCGUACCCAAGAAAACCAAAUGCAAUAAAAAAAGUGGCAGGAAUCAUCAUAACUAAUCUGAAUUCUGGCUCAUAAACACCUUUAUUUCUGGAAAUCAAAUAACGACUCAAUCUAUCAGAGACCAAACCUGUGGUCAUACUUCCCAAUAUUCCGCCAAUGAAUGGGGAAAUGUAAAACAACCCAACUGUCUGCUGUGAAUAGCCGUAAGGUUCAGAACGGAAAAUCUCAGAAAUGACUUCGGAAAUCACAAUUAACCAAACGACUGCAAACGAAUAUACAAGAGACCCAAACAAAACCGAAGGAUAAGUAUAAAGAACAAAUGGCCGUAAGGCCACCAUCCACCAGCUAUCAAUGGUGUGUCUGCCUGAAAACACCGAGAGUCUACUGGCAAAAGUCCUGGGUUCUUCUUCCUCGAUGGUCUCAAGAAUACUUAAAUCAGGUGGCAUGUUGUGAACUGUUGGGAUGGUCCUCUGACUUUGAUUAGCACUAUUCAAGGCAAAGGCAUUGGGUCUCUCGUUAGGAGGUUUAAAAUUUUUGGCUGUCCUAGCGGCUCCCGUUUCUUUUAUACUCCUCUUGUUGGGAGUUGGCUCUCUUUCCCAAAAUGUCUCUGGAACAAAGAGAAAUGUC